CUCCCCCCAACUGGAGUUGGUCACUUUGCCGGGACACAAAACGGAUGGAGAGUUUGGGCAGCGCGUCCGAGGACCUGAUAGUGGUAGAAGAUGAGUUCUCAGCAGCAGUAUCCUCGAGCAGGACUGCCCGCUGGACUGGCCCAAGCACAGACGCCCGGCGGAAACGCGACAGCGGUCCAAGGAAAGCAGACUAAUACGGGAGGCCAUGACGAAAGCAGCCGUGAUGUUGACCACGCUCCAAGCUCCAGUGCAGCAGCCGCCCUCAGAGAUGAUAAGCAGGAGACGGUGGUGGUCCGGCCGUACCCUCAGCCCCAGGUUCACGGAUCAGCGUCUACCGCGGCGCCCCAGCUGGCCCAGCACCUCGCUCUGCAGCCUGGAGCUACUGCCUCCGCUCCAACCACCUCCAACACCUCCGCCCACCUGCCCCAGGGCGUUCCACUCGCUUUCACUGAGGGGCCAGGAAAGUCUACUCUGAAGACUCCUAUGCCUAGCCGUGUAAUUGCCCCCGCCCCAGUUUCAGCUCAGGGGCAUCUCGCUGUGUCACACAAAGUGCCCAGCCACAUCACGGUUACCAUGGACAGUGCCAUGCCACAGGCUUCUGGGAUACCCGUGGCAACCAUCAGCGGCCAGCAGGGUCACCCUGGAAACCUGCACCGCAUCAUGGCCACCAACGUUCAGAUCAUCCGCAGCGGAACUCCUGCCUUGCAGAUCGGAUCCUCUGCGGCUCCUCAGCACCAGUUUCCCUCCCAUUUACCCAGAGGAGCUGCAGCUGCUGCUGUAAUGUCCAGUACCAAAGGAGCAACUGUGCUGAGACCGGCGUCCAGCCCAAAUAACGCCACAGGGCAGCCCACGGUCCAGCACAUCAUCCAUCAGCCCAUUCAGUCACGACCCAUAGUGACCACCUCCACGCCUGUGUUGCCUACAGUGGUGGCUCCAGUCACAGCCACCAGGCCCCAGUCUCCUGUCAUUAGCACAGUGACGGCUCACUCAGGAGACAUUGUGCAUGGGCGUUCAGCUCUGACCAUCCACGCUCCCGCAGCCCUGAGCAUACAGCGGCCUCCCCCAGCUCGGGACACGCCCACCCGCAUCACGCUUCCUUCACACCCAGCCAUUGGUGCUCAAAAGCCCCUCCCUCACUCAAUGGCACAGAAACCAAUCUUUAGCACUGUGACGCCUGUUGCGGCAGCAACAGUGGCCCCCAUUCUGGCCACUAACGCUGCCCCAUCACCCACAACAGCAGGCUCUGUUCCUCAAACUCAGAUAUCUAGCAGUAAUAUUGUUGCUGUGACGAUGGCCUCCCAUUCCACCCACGCCACUGCCGUAACAACCUCCACCAUCCCUGUGGCCAAAGUGGUCCCCCAGCCGAUCACGCACACCUCCCCCAGGAUCCAGUCUGAGUUUCCUGGAGAGAGAGGUAACCUCAUCCCCAUCUCCGCCCACCGCUCCUCCCCCAACCCCAUCACCAUGGAGAACCGCAGCGACAACAGGCAAUCUGUUCCUGUGCAGUUUCAGUACUUUCUGCCAACCUACCCAUCAGCCCCUUACCCACUGACUCACACCUACACACCCAUCACCAGCUCCGUGUCCACCAUUCGGCCCUAUCCAGUGACGGCCCAAGCCCCUACAGCCGCCAUGCCUGCCCAGACCAGUGUGGGCGUGGCCUCUGCAGUGCACCUCAACUCCAUGCAGCUGAUGACCGUGGACCGCAUCGCUCAGAUCAACACCCAGAACAUCCAGCCGGCCACAGUGGCAGCACAGGGGGUCCAGCCCACAGCCAUCACCGCCCAGGGGCUCCACACCUCCACCACCAUUAACCCCCAGAGCAUCCAGCCUGCGCCUGUCAACCCCCAGCAACCCCCCACUGAGGCCAAGACUUCAGUCAUGCUGCCCGAUGGUUCCACGCUGGUGGCUAACUCAAUCAACAGCACCUUCAACACCAGUCAGCCUGCUGUCACGGUAACGCAGCCUCACCCACAGGGCAGCGGCUCUGGGGGUCCGGCGCUCGUGUCGUCUCCUCGGCCCAGCAUCCUCCGCAAGAAGCCUGCCAGUGAGGGUGCUGCCGUGAGGAAAAACCUGAUCCCUACUCAGCUUGGCGACUCUGGCAGGAUGGAUGGGGGACUGAGGAGCACCUCAGGGUCACCUCGACCUGCAGGAGUGAAACCCAAACCGGACAUCCUGGUGGGUUUGGCCCCUCCGGUGACGGCUGCAGUGGAGGCCGUUUCAGUUUCAGGCCAAAACGCCGAACAGCAGCAGAACUCUGCUCUUCCUCCAUCUCAAAUCCCCGCCCAGCCUGUCUCCUCCCUACUGACCUCAGCCACGCCCCCCUCUCAGCCUGUCCCUGCUGCCAUGGCAGUAACCCCGCCCAUCCCAUCAAUGGCCAAUGUUGUAGCCCCGUCUUCUCACCCAGCAGCCACUAGCACUGCGGCCUGUCCCGUUAGCUCCACCCUCCCAGAGAUUAACGUAAAGCAGGAGGCGGAGCCAAUGGACUCAUCAAAACCAGUGGGUCCAGCGCCUCCUAGUGGCACACCUGCUCUGGCAGUGCCAGCUGCGGAACUCGCCCCCGGCGCCUCGCCCAGGAAGAAACCUCGCAAGCAGCAGCACGUGAUCUCCACUGAGGAGAGCGAGAUGAUGGAGGCCAACAGCACUGACGAGGAAAGGGUCCUCACCAAACCGCCCAGCCAUCGGCCUGAGAAGCGCAAAUCCCCACCCAAGGAGUACAUCGAUGAGGAGGGAGUGCGGUACGUUCCAGUGCGGAUCCGCCCACCGAUCACUCUGCUGAGACAUUACCGAAACCCCUGGAAGGCCGCGUACCACCACUUUCAGAGAUACAGCGACGUCCGCGUCAAAGAGGAGAAGAAAGGCACGUUGCAGGAUGUGGCCAGUCAGAAGGGAGCGGUGUGUCGCGCUCAGGGCUGGAAGAUCCAUCUGUGUGCUGCUCAGCUGCUGCAGCUGACGAGUCUGGAGCAUGACGUCUACAGCCGUCUGACCACUCUCCAGGAAGGACUCAUACCGAAAAAGAAAUCUGGAUCUGAUGAUGACCUGCACCGCAUCAGUGAGCUUAUACAGGGGAACAUGCAGCGCUGUAAGCUGGUGAUGGAUCAGAUCACGGAGGCGCGGGAGGCCAUGUUGAAGGUGCUGGACCACCGCGAGCGAGUCAUGAAGCUUCUCAACAAGAACAGUAGCACCAAGAAGCUGCACAAGCUGAAGCGUAAAGACAGGGCUUGAGCGGAAGAAAGAAGCCUGACUCAGCAGCUUUCUGCUCCAGCCUGAGACUAAAGCAGGCCUCUCGACCCCUCACACCCAGCACAAACGCACCCAGCCUGGGAUCUCACUUUAACACCUUGUGGAGCCUCGGGCUGCUGAUGUGAUGGACGAAAGUAAACGAAACUGAUUCAAGAGGAACUAAAAUGAAGUGCUUUACAUGGGUAGCACUUUCUCUCUCCCAUAAUACUUACAGAGAAAUGACCAGAUGGGUCAUCAGACGGACCUUGAGGGGGAACCCAUCAGCAUUAAGGCCGUGCUACCAUCCUCGGUGCAAAAGCCUUACCUUCACACUGAAAAAAAGCAUUGAAUUUAUUAUUUGAUUUAAACGUGUACAACGUAUUACAUCAACACAAUUUUGCCUUCGAGUUUACUCGCUUCUGGCAGUGAUUGUGUUGAUCAGUGAUGUUUUUUAAUCAUGUCUAAAUGAUCCGCACAUUUAGACGUACAAAUGACGUUUCACUGCACUACAGCCGACACUCGAGGAUGGUUAGAAUAUACGCCAGUAUGUUCUGAAAGGCUGAUGCACUAAAAUCCAUGCAGCAUUCAAACUGGAGAUGGCGUUCUGUAGUUCUUCACAUGUCAAAAACAGCGACGUGUGACCUGCACAAACCUGAUGGUUCUUGACACCAUUUAGCCGCCCACUAAUAAUGUUUUCAUAAUGUGAAAAACUUUAAAAGUCGUUCAUCUUCACUAAUACUUAUUGCACAUUUACAAUGAAGCCGAACGUCUGUAGCAAGAGUCAAAAGAAAAAAGGCUACACAGCUUGGACAGCUCGCUUGGCGAGAGCGCCAGGGAACAGUUUAUGAUCUGUUGGCUUGCAAACUAAAACGGUUCCGUUGAGGCUUAAACUGAAUUGGAAGUAAUGUAGUUCAAUUCAUUAAGCCAGUAAUUUGGGUUUGUACAUCUGUGGGACUGGCAUGGAAAGAAAGAUUGAUUUUCUAGGUUGUUCAUUCACAUCUUUUACCUCGUAAGUGACCUUUGUAACUGCACCUACAGUUCUCUCUCUCUCACAAUACUCAAUAUCUGUCUGGUCAUUCUUCCGUUUGCAACAUAACACAUAAAAACCUGAGCAAACGCUAUGAGAAUCAAAGGCCACAGUGCUGAAUUUUAUCUCCAACAUCUAUUUUUCCCCUCGUAUGGGUGCCUUGCCCCAUGGCCUAGUGCUGAGAGCAUGCUGUGAUCUAUCCUGUGCAGUUCUGUGUGUUUAUCUAUGGAGGAGGUUUCUUUAUUUCUGGUUAGUGAAGUUAAACUAGGCCUGCACAGUAUUUUCUCUCACAGUGCACUGCUUGGAAAGGCAGUGGUGCCUUCCUGUGUGUCUCCUGGUAAUUAAAGGAACACUGCAGCAUUUUUCAGCCUAAUCCCGGUCCUUCACGUCUUCACAUGCAGUGUACGGCUGAUUGCCAUGGACAGCAGUUUACGCUCUCAUACUUGGAAUUGAACGGAAAACCCAUUUUCCCAUGUUUUGGUGUUUUUUCUAAAAUAAAGUAAAUUAGCACAUCCUCUACAGAGAACACACACGUUUUAAUGCACAGUUACUGUUUAUUUGCUGGAUUUAAUAUAAAAUAUAAAAUGUAUGAAAAUGUUUUGGCAGGUUUUUUUUUCCAUUAUGUUAAACUCAGCAAAUAAAUAGAAAUUAAGUGCAAAAAUGUUUUCCCUCAAACUUGUAGAGGAUGUCAACUUAGGCUACGCUACAUUCACACAGCAGGUAAAAGUGGCCAAAAUCUGAUUUUCUCACCAAAUCAGAUUUUUUUUGUUUGGCUGUUCACAUUAUCUUUUAAAUGUGAUCUGUAUGUGACAUCAGUCUGAACAGUUCAGCUCCUAAACUGACCCACAUGCGCAAAAGGACAGAGCUUCAUGUGGCUCAUUCAGAGGUAAACAGUCACAACUGCCAACGAACGCCAGUCGCUCCCGGAGGAUCAGCUUCAUCUUCACCAGCAUCACAGGAGCCAUGAUGAAGCUUCACUGACUGACAGCUGGGCUCAUCACCCAGAAUGUGUUUGAGCUCUAUGUAAAAAGGGCGCGGUCACUUCUUUGAUUCGCGUCCUCGGAUUCUUUAAACUUUGCUUUCAGACUUUUAUCUGUUCUUUGACGCUGCAGCCUUGUUCUCCUACGACCGCGUUCAGCCUUUCUUUCUAAAUCCCUUCAAACUCAGAGGGUUUUGGACGAGUCUCUUCUAAUGUUUUGUACAGAAACAUUGUAUGAAUUCCGAUCUGGCUGUUCAGACUGAGUCGCAUUGCUGAGUAUCGGAUACGGAUCGGAUUUCAGUACCACAU